GGAGGCGCGAGAGGAGCGAGGGCGGCGGCUGGGGGCUCCCAGCCCCAUGGGGUCGCCUUUCAUCGGGUGGGGACCGCGGUGCCGGGCCGGGCGGGCGGCUCCCCCCACCCCUUCCCGUGCAGCGGCGAGAUCGCUAAAACUCCUGUGAGGGAGGAGAGACACCCCCCCGCUGCCGGCACCGCCGCCUCCUCUUCCUCCUCCUCCCUCUCCUCCUCCUCCUCCUCCUCCGCCCGCCGCAAAUCCCAAAUAAAAGGGCGGGGGGCGGCAGGAUGCGCCGCUCGGCGGGGAGGUCGGCGCCGCCGCCGGCCGCCUGAUGCUGCCGCAAUUCGCCAUUGCCGGGCACGGCUCGGAGCCGGGCAGAGGCAGCCGAGGGACAGAGGCGGGGGGCCGGGGGGCAGAGGAGCAGCAGCCCCCCCCGGCCGGCCGCCCCCCGAUGCCCGGCCGCCGCCGGCGGGGAGCCCAGGGGGGGCCGGGGGCCCGCUCCUGCCUCCUCUGGCUCUUUGUUCUGCUGAAGAAUGCAGAACCAUUCCAAGUUACUGUCCGAGAAGACAAUUGUAUCAUUGUCUCCCUGGAAGCAUCUGAUGUGGUGAGCUCAUCCUCUGUAUAUGUUGUGAAGAUAGCUGGAGAAUCCAAGAACUACUUUUUCCAGUUCGAAGAAUUCAAUAGCACUUUACCUGCCCCUGUGGUUUUUAAUGCCAAAUACCAUGGCCUAUAUUACAUAGUAACUCUGUUGGUAGUGAACUCAAACAUGGUUUCCAAGUCAGCAAGAUCAAUCACUGUGUUAACCAAACCCCUUCCUGUGAGCAGUGUUUCUAUCUAUGAUUACAAACCAUCUCCAGAAACAGGAGUGUUGUUUGAAAUUCAGUACCCAGAGAAGUACAAUGUUUUUACCAGAGUAAAUAUAAGCUAUUGGGAAGGAAAAGACUACCGAACAAUGCUGUACAAAGAUUUCUUUAAAGGUAAAACAGUUUUCAAUCACUGGCUGCCAGGAAUAUGCUACAGUAACAUCACAUUUCAGUUGGUAUCCGAAGCGACCUUCAACAAAAGCACGCUAGUGGAAUACAGUGGAGUCAGGCACGAGCCUAAGCAGCACAGAACAGUUCCCUACCCACCUCGAAACAUUUCUGUUCAGAUUGUGCCAAUCAACAGAAACAACUGGGAAGAGCAUAGUGGGAAUUUUCCUGAAGAACCAUUCAUGGGACCACAAAAAAUCAUAGGCAAGGAAAAGCUUAGCCGUUUUUCUGGUGAGCCACCUGUAAUUCCAGCAGUGAACACAUCUGCAGCCUGGCCAGAUUACCGCUCUAACAGCACUGAGUAUGAAGCCACAUCGCAGCCAUAUUGGUGGCCUAACGAAGCUGAAUCAUCAGAGGGCGAAGAAGAGUUUGUCAAUGCAGUUCCCAGUGAUUAUGAAGCCAAUGAAGUCAACACAUCUGGAAAACUCACACCAGAGCCUGCCCCUUUUCUUCCUGUACAAAUGGUGCUGACUUGGUUACCACCAAAGCCGCCAACUGCCUUUGAUGGUUUCCAUAUCAAUAUUGAAAGGGAAGAGAACUCCACAGAAUUUCUGACAGUAAGUGAGGACACUCACAAAUUUGUUGCUGAACUGAAAGAACCCGGAAAAUAUAAGUUGUCUGUAACAACGUUUAGCUCCUCUGGCUCUUGUGAAGUUCGGGAAAGUCAAUCACCAAAAACACUCAGCUUUUACAUCAGCCCCACAGGUGAAUGGAUAGAAGAGCUCACAGAAAAGCCCCAGCACGUGACAGUGACGGUGCUCAGCUCCACUACUGCCCUGACAUCCUGGACAGCCUCACAAGAGAGUGGUGGCAACAGCACAAUUGUGUCUGUGGUCUCCCUGACAUGUCAGAAGCAAAAGGAAAGUCAAAGGCUUGAAAAACAUUACUGCACAGAGGUGAAUUCAAGCAACAGCCUCAUUGAGAAUCUUGUUCCUGGUGCCCAGUACCAAGUUGUGGUUUACUUACGGAAAGGACCAUUGGUUGGACCACCUUCUGAUCCUGUUACAUUUUCUAUUGUGCCCACUGGAAUAAAGGAUCUGACACUUUACCCUUUGGGACCUACUGCUGUAGUUUUGAGCUGGAACAGACCUUUUCUUGGCGUGUUCAGGAAAUAUGUUGUAGAAAUGUUUUACUUCAACCCAUCAACGAUGACCUCUGAGUGGACAACCUACUAUGAAAUUGCAGCAACCAUCUCCCUUACUGCCUCCGUGAGAAUAGCUAACCUGUUGCCUGCUUGGUAUUAUAACUUCCGGGUCACCAUGGUGACCUGGGGGGACCCAGAGCUGAGCUGCUGUGACAGCUCCACCAUCAGCUUCAUUACAGCACCAGUGGCACCUGAGAUUACUUCGAUAGAAUAUUACAACCACCUUUUAUACGUCACUUGGACCUAUGGAGAAGACGGUACUGACCUCUCUCAUUCCAGGAUGCUGCAUUGGAUGGUCAUUGCAGAGGGGAAGAAAAAAAUAAAGAAGAGCGUAACACGCAGUGUGAUGACUGCAGUGUUGAGCUUGCCUCCAGGGGAUAUUUACAACCUUUCAGUAACUGCUUGUACUGAAAGAGGCAGCAAUUCUUCCCUGCCCCAGCUUGUGAAAUUGGAACCAGCCCCUCCAAAAUCACUUUUUGCUGUCAACAAGACUCAGACCUCUGUGACUCUGCUGUGGGUGGAAGAAGGAGUGGCUGAUUUCUUUGAAGUCUACUGCCAGCAGGCUGGAUCUGUUCAGGAAACUAAACUCCAGGAACCUGUCACUGUCUCUUCACACGUAGUGACCAUUUCCAGCCUUACCCCUGCCACCUCUUACAACUGCAGUGUGACCACCUUCAGCCACAAUAGCCCCAGUGUCCCCACUUUCAUUGCGGUUUCUACCAUGGUCACCGAGAUGAAUCCCAACAUAGUGGUAAUCUCUGUAUUAGCCAUCCUAAGUAUCCUUCUGAUUGGACUGCUGCUGGUGACUCUUGUUGUACUCAGGAGAAAACAUCUACAAAUGGCCAGGGAGUGUGGGGCUGGAACCUUUGUCAACUUUGCAUCUUUAGAGAGAGAUGGAAAGCUUCCAUAUAAUUGGCGUAGAAGUGUAUUUGCUUUCCUAACUCUGCUACCCUCAUGCCUUUGGACUGAUUAUCUUUUGGCAUUUUAUAUUAAUCCUUGGAGUAAAAAUGGAUUAAAGAAGAGGAAGCUGACCAACCCUGUCCAAUUGGAUGAUUUUGAUGGCUACAUCAAGGAUAUGGCCAAAGAUUCUGAUUAUAAAUUUUCUCUGCAAUUUGAGGAGCUAAAACUGAUUGGGCUUGACAUACCACACUUUGCUGCUGAUCUUCCCAUGAAUCGCUGUAAAAAUCGCUACACAAAUAUCCUGCCAUAUGAUUUUAGUCGUGUCCGGUUAGUCUCAAUGAAUGAAGAGGAGGGAUCUGACUACAUUAAUGCCAACUAUAUUCCUGGUUAUAAUUCACCCCAAGAAUACAUUGCAACCCAAGGACCACUGCCAGAAACAAGAAAUGAUUUUUGGAAAAUGGUUCUUCAACAAAAAUCUCAAAUUAUUGUCAUGCUCACUCAGUGUAAUGAGAAAAGAAGGGUUAAAUGUGAUCAUUACUGGCCUUUUACAGAAGAUCCUAUUGCAUAUGGGGAUAUUACUGUGGAGAUGCUGUCUGAGGAGGAGCACACAGAUUGGGUUUAUAGGAAUUUCCGAAUUUGCUAUGCUGAUGAGGUGCAAGACGUGAUGCAUUUUAACUACACUGCCUGGCCAGACCACGGUGUCCCCACAACCAAUGCCGCCGAAAGCAUCCUGCAGUUCGUGCAGAUGGUCAGGCAGAAAUCAGCAAAGAGCAAAGGCCCCAUGAUCAUACAUUGCAGUGCUGGAGUGGGACGAACAGGAACUUUCAUAGCCCUGGACCGACUCUUACAGCACAUCCGUGACCAUGAGUUUGUAGAUAUAUUGGGCCUGGUGUCUGACAUGCGGUCCUACAGGAUGUCCAUGGUGCAGACAGAGGAACAAUACAUUUUUAUUCACCAGUGUGUGCAACUGAUGUGGCAAAAGAAGAAGCAGCAGUUCUGCAUCAGCGAUGUCAUAUAUGAGAAUGUCAGCAAAUCCUAGUUUGGAGUUACAGGUGGUGAGACCAUGAAGCACACCCAUCUUCCCUUGCUUCCAAUUUUUUUCUUUUGAUGGCUCAAACUGCCAGCCAUUCUACCACGAGAGACCACUGCCUUGCAGUAUGCGGACAAUGAAAGAAAGAAACUUUAACUUUCAGAAGCACUGGGGAGACAAAGCCUUAACGAGCCUGCGGUGUCUUUUGAACUGUUUAAUUUCUGGACAUUUUUUUAAAAUACUGGACCAAAUUCAACCGAACAACAUGAAGGAAAAGACACUAUAAUAUGUGCAUAAAAUAGAUUGUUCCAGAGCAUUUGUUAUGUUUGGUACUUUCAGUUAUUUUUUUUUCUGUGCAGGUUGGGCUUAAGGUUAAAGUAAGUGCAAUAUUUUUUUAGUGGUUUAAUGAAGAGCUUUCUUCAUGUGUCACUGGUCUGUGCUAAUGUCCAUAGGAGAGCAGGCAUUGUUAGUAUCUAAUAAUACCUCAUUAGUGAAUAGCGAGGCAUGAACAUACAUGAAGAAAUCUGGAGAUUGUGAAGAGAAAAGGGGGGACGGGGGUGCUGGGUACCUAGAUUGGGCUGUUUCCUACAGCCCUGACGUUCUGUGCUUGGGGCCUGGGGAGACACAAGACCUAAGGAAUGGAUGGACCAUCAGAAAUCCAAACCACAGAGCCAAAAGCUGAAGCAGGCAGCCAACACUGAGGAACUGUGUCAUUUUGGUUUGUGACAGUGCAACUACCAAUUAAGCAGAGGGAUUGCUCUUUUCACCAAACUUUUCAGUAAUGCCAUUGAUCAGGAUGUUUUUUAAUCAAGGUGCAGCUGAAUUUUAAGCUGGGAUAUCUUAGACUCCAUUACUAUAGCAUUUAACUGUCUGAGCAGUCUAUGGUGCCUAUGCCCCUCAUUUGUUUAUUAUUUUUAAUAAGUAUUAAACCUGUGUAAAAAUGUGAAGCUGAUUCAGGUUGGGAAAAAAAAAAAAGUGCUUUAAUGGAUGUAACUAUUUCUCCGGGCUCAGAAUUCACGGUGUUACACAAACAGUUGUUUUGGCAUGUGAAGGGAUGGUUAUCGUUUUAUUGCUACGAGGCUGCCAAAGUGUCAGCAUGGAUUCCUGCAGGGACGUCGCGUCAGGGUGAGGGGCUCUUUUUUUUUUGCUGUCAGUUUCAGUUCUAGUCAGAAUAAUUAGCUAUAUAUUUUUUUGUCUUUGUAUAAUUCCGGUACAUCAUUGUGUAUUGUGACAUGGAUGCUGUCAGAAUGGAUGUUUGAUAGCAUUUUGUAGCCUGUUGCUUUGUGUCACCUCAUUGGAAGUUAGCAGCAAUGGUAAAUCAAUGUAAACAAAACAAACUUGAACUGAAAGUAAACACACUGGAUUGCUUACCUGUGAAGAAGUCACUGUCAGCAAAGCAGCAAGUGCACCCCCAUGUACUUCUUUCCAUUUAUUUUUUUAUUUUUUUAUUUUUUUUUUACUCCACAGCUUGCUAUCACCUGUCAGUGUACCAGGGUGUAGUUAGUUUUAGUUUAGUAGCUCAGCCACUUCCAGGAGCCUGAUAACAUCCUUCGAAUGACAUCCAAUUUAUUCUGAUUUUUUCAAAGAAUUAUUCCUCCAGCUGGUAAAUAGGUAUAUAUUCCUUUAACAUCUACUCCAUCACAGUAAUGGUUAUAAUGGAAAACCAUUUAAACUGUCCCACAUACGCUAUGCAAAACUGCGUAGACAACAUAACCCUCAAAUAAACCAGGUCCUUUUGAAGGGUAUUGAAAGAAACAGGACUCUACCACUGAUUAUUAAAUGGGUAUGAGAUGAAUAUCCCUCUUACUUCUCUUUCUAUGCAUCUAAUACCACUUUCAGAGUUUCCAUUGAGCCCUGUCCUAAAGCAGAGCUGCCAUCUCUCUAAAUAGGAAGCACAGAGAUGGAUGCGAAUGGGCAGAGAGCCCUGUCUUCAGGGGGGGCAGAUUGCUAACAAGAAAGGCUUCAUUAAUGUUAUUUCACAAAUGCACCUCAGCUGGAGGGCCUGCCAUGUUAUUAAGAAUGGCAAAGAUUUGCCCAGCCUAAUUUGAAGAGAAGCCAGCAUUAUAAAAGAGCACAGGACAAUUCAGACCUUGCCUUCAUCUCUUUGUUUAUAUUUCACAGUGCCACUGCAUGUUUACUUAGAAAAUGUGUUCACCCCCUCUAGAUAACUUCUAGCAAGGGAAAAAAAAACACCUUACUUUCUCAUCUACUGCCUCUCUCCUGCUGUCCCUUGUCCACUGGUUCUACAUUUAUUAUGGAUUACAGCCCAGAGAAGCCAUGUUGCUUUUAAAACACUGAUGCACACACAAAAUACCACAGCGUGAGCUGUCUGUAAGAGAUCCUUGGAUCAGGGUACAAGGUUGCUGCAAAGAUGCCAAAAAUCACAAUGCUGCAAGCUAUGCAGCCUGAAUAGCCUGGUUUUAUGUUUUUGAAUGCAUGUAAAAAAAAAUGCUCCAAUUACAUGGUAACAGGUGUCUAUUUUUCCUCUAAUAGCUACUUCAUCACAGAAUCAGUUCUUAUCAAAAACAACCAACCAAACAAAACUUCCUUCAGAAAAAAAAAAAAAUCCUUUCCUUCCCUGUGUAUUACUCAACUCUGCACACAUGGAUGUGUUGGGAUAGCAGUGGAAACCACCUCUCCUGGCAUUCUGCAAAACACAAGCAAUAGGAGUGUCUGGGAGACAGUGUGGCUCAGAAGCAGCAUGCAGAGCCUGUUAGCAUGACUCGACAUACAGCUACUUGUCCUGGUCAAUGAAAGCCAGACCAAAAGAAGUUUGGAGUCAUCCUGCAUGUUGAUGUGGUUUUGAAUAUCUGUCAAAACAAACCUAUUUUUUUAUAAUGAAUUUCUUGAAUUACGGGAACAGAACAACUCUGCUGAUACUAUAUAUGAUCUAUAUCAACAGCUGUUGCAUUUAUAGCAGCUACAGACUCAAAGGUAGGUUGGGAGGGCUGGGAGCUUUCACUGUUGUGGCAGGCAACAGUGGUAACUAAGCAGUUUUCCUGUUUUCUUUCAUCUCCUGUUACUUUAAUCUACAAAUGUUAGCAAGAAAUAGAAGCGCAAACUAAUAUCCUGAUACUGGUUUUUGGUCUGGAUGUUUGGGAAUAAGUGAAAGGUCAAAGUUGCAACCUAAGCAUGUAAUUACAGGGAGACUAAAGAAAGAUACUGAAGAGACAAAAAGAGUUUAAAAGGCACUUAUUAGCUAGAAGUUAACAUAGCAGCAGUAAAAAAGUCAACAUGUUUCAAACUAGUUAAACAUGGAACACAAAGCAUUCUUGCAAAAUUCCUCAGGUUUGCACUUCAUGUACGUAACUCCACUGCUUGUGGCAAAGCUGGGAGGCUGAGCACAGACACAUUCUUUCAAUCAUGCUUGAUGUGCCUGACUCACUCCUCACACUGGGCUGCUUGUUUUGUGUUUUAAACAUUGCACAGACUUCACGGGUGAGAAAAUGAUCAUAGACAGACUGGGUUUCUACAAAAUGGUGGCUUGGCCAGGAGCAUAUCCAUUCAUAAUCAUGUGUCCUUUAUUCAUGAGAUGCAGCUCAGGAAAACAAGUGUAAUAUACCUGCUGGAACAAGGUAUUCAGGCUGUAUCUUGGUCAUCUGUAUGUCCUAAAAAAACCCCUGAAAACUCAAAAUGCAUUCACUUCCUAUUUAAAAUAAUAAUAAUAA